GUUGCACAAUGCCAGCAUAAUUUACUUUAACUGUAGUGCUCUCUUCUUUAUACACUUUCUUAAGAAUCUAAACCAAUAAAAAAAAGAAACGCUGUCUCGGAGCCACCAUGGAGUUUGCAUCUUUCAGCAGGGACGCGCUAGAGUGCUUUUGUUGUCCACUUCUGUAAGCGAUUGAUUUCCUCGUUCAGUACACGGAAAACAUAAACAAAUUCAGAGAUCAAGCACAAACCCUGAACGCUGUGGUGGCGGACGUAAACUAUUUAGUUGAGCAGGCCGGAGGAAAAAGAGAGGGAAUCAAAAAUGAAGUCCAAGACUAGCUACGAAGAGCCAAUAAUAAAGCCACUGAGGCACAAAAUCUGGAGAAUGAAGUCCGAGCGAACCAGAGAUGCGCCUGCGCUUGUUGUUCUCCUGAUUGGCUUUCACGCUACAAUUUGAGCAAGAAAGCUGUUAGUAUUGCCGGAGAGAUGGGUGUCAUUUGUCAAGAAAAGAAUUUUGAGAGUGUGUCUCUGCCUGCACCACCCCCUCCAAUUCCGGAACCUGCAGCACCAGCACCGGCCAGUCAUUUCAUGUCAUUUCAAUCCACCCAAAAUGCUAUGGAAGAGAUCUUGAAAGCUCUGAAAGAUGACAACAACAACAUCAACAUUGUCGGGGUUCACGGGAUGGGCGGUGUGGGCAAGACCACAAUGGUGAAACAAGUUGCGGAAAAGGUCAUGACUGAAGGUCUCUUCCAUCGUGUGGUGAUGGCCACUGUGUCGCAGACUAUGAAUCUCAAAAAAAUUCAGAGUUCCAUUGCGGACGGUCUAGAACUCUUUUUGAAAAAGAAGAGUGACGAUGGGAGAGCAAAUGAACUGAGGGCAAAAAUAAUGGCAGAAAAAAAAAUUCUUAUAAUUUUGGACGAUGUCUGGGAAAGGAUUGAGCUAUCUAGCAUCGGAAUUCCGUUCGACCACGACCUUGAGGCUUGCCAAUCGAAGAUCUUACUGACUACAAGACGAGAACAUGUUUGCCAUUCCAUGGGAUGCCAAGAAAAUAGGAUCCAUCUCAAUAUCUUAUCCCCGGAGGAUUCUUGGGAUCUAUUCAAAAAGACAGCAGGCACUAAUCUUGACUCUCCCGAAUUUGAAGCUGUGGCUCGUGAGGUUGCCGGGGAAUGUCAGGGCCUUCCCUUAGCACUCGUAACAGUGGCAAGGGCUCUGGGUGACAAAGAUGAGGAAGAAUGGAAAAAGGCGGCAAGGCGACUUAAAAGGUCAGUAUCUCCAAACCCUGAUCAUCAAGAAAAAGUUACCGAGUGCAUUAAGUUGAGCUAUGAUUUUUUGAAAGAUCGGGAAGCCAGGGCAUGCUUCUUGAUGUGUUGUCUCUUUCCAGAAGAUCACAAUAUCAGCAAGGAAGUUUUGGCGAGGUAUGGGAUGGGGCUGCGCUUGUUUCAUAAUGUUGACACAUUGGAUGAAGCAAGAGGAGAUGCUGAUACCUUCACCAAAAAUCUCAUUGACUCAGGAUUGUUGUUAAAGUGUGAUGAGGAUGGAUUUGUAAAGAUGCAUGAUGUUGUACGUGAUACAGCCAAAUUGAUAUCAUCAUCAGGAAAUGAGGAGCUUUUCAAUUUUAUGGCACAAGCUGGUUCUGCUUUAGAAGAGUGGCCACGCCGAGACACUCAUUUUGAAAGCUACACCGCUGUCUCGGUUAUGUUCAAUGAUAUCAAAAGACUUCCUGAUGAGCCGGUAUGUCCAAAACUCCAAACCUUGUUGUUGCAGGAAAAUAGAAACUUGAAAGAAAUCCCAAGUGGGUUCUUUAAUAGAAUGAAUACCCUUAAGGUGCUGGAUAUAAGUGGGUUGCCGGUAGUGUCACUUCCACCAUCAAUUAGACUCCUAGAAAACCUUUGCACCUUAUAUUUGGAUCGUUGCAAGUCAAAAGAUAUUUCCAUAUUAGGAGGACUCAAGAAGCUGGAAAUACUUAGCCUCAAUAAAUCUCUUAUCAAUACCUUCCCAGGUGAAUUAACAGAAUUGGCUGAGUUAAGGAUGUUGGAUAUGACAUCUUGUAACCAUAUCAAAACUAUCUCGCCAAAUAUAAUAUCAAGAUUAAAGGGGUUGGAGGAGUUAUACUUGCAAGGAAGCUUUUGCCAAUGGGGUAAUCACAGGGUGGAGGGAACCAACGAAGAAAGGAAUGCAAGCCUUGAAGAGUUGAUAAACUUGCCUCAACUAACAACUUUGAAGAUUGACAUAGAAGAUGUUAAUUGCUUCCCUCGGAAUGAAAACUUUAUUCCAAAGUGGUAGAAGUUUGACAUAUGUAUUAGCAGAUCAUUAUUCAGCAGGCUAAUGAAUGUGCACCUGUCAAAAUUGAAAAGGGCACAUACAAGGACCUUGUUCAUUGACAUUACAAUGAGCACCUUACCAGAUUGGUUCUUUGAGGCUGUGACCGAGAAAGCAGAGAUGCUUAUCUAUUCAUGGUGCCCGGAUCUCGUGAACAUCCUUGUAGCAUAUGUGAAGGGAAGGUUGUUUGGAUUGAAGUCUCUCUUUGUUGAGCAAUGCCACACUGUACAAUGCUUAAUACCCUUAGCAGAAGUUAUUCCAGACAACCCCGUGUUUGCCAGAUUGCAGGAAUUACACAUUCACGACAUGGAAUCUAUGAAACAGAUAUGUGUUGGCCAAUUACCACCAGGAUCCUUUGAAAAACUUAAAUUCUUGGAGGUGCAACAGUGUUGUUACCUUGAGAAUUCACUUCUGCAUUCAAACAUAAUACAGAAUUUGAAUAAUCUGGAAAUACUAAAAGUAACUGGGAAUUCUAUUAAGGAGGUGUUUGAAUUUUAAGGACUACCAGAGGGACGUCGUUACCUGGAACGAUUAAAAGAACUGAGAUUGGACAAUCUAUCUCAACUAGCAAGCAUAUGGAAAGGCCCUGCUCAGCUUGCAGAUUUCAGAAAUGUCAAAACUGUGAUUGUCAUUAAAUGCAACAAAUUGAAAUAUCUCUUCUUGCCCACCAUGUCUCAAGGUCUUUCGAAAUUGGAAAAGCUCUGGGUAGAGGAUUGCUCCGACUUGGAUGAAAUUAUUCAGAAAGAUAGUGGAAUUACUUUGGAUAAAAUUACAUUCUCUCGACUGAAGACAUUAGCACUGCAAAAUCUAGCACAUCUUGUUAAUUUCUAUGAUGCAAAUUCUUCAUUGGAGUGCCCUUUUAUGGAACACUUGCAUGUUCGAGACUGUCCAAAUUUUGGAGCACCCAACUUUCACAGCUCCAAACAAGUCCACUUGAAUGAUGAACAUCACUAUAACCUCCUAAAGAAGAGACUGAAAGAACCAGAAGAUAUUUCAAAUGCCUUGGAAUAGAGAUGAUGCUGGAAAGAUAGCCCCUGUAGAAGUGCACUGCAAGCUGCUUUCAAAUGCAUGGACUCAGAGAUAAUGUCAUUUAGAUUCUGAAGGAGCUUCUUAAUCUAUGGUCUGUUAAUGUUGUAUGGCAAAUUUGUAGCCAAGAUAUUUGCGUUAACUUGUUCAAAUGCAUGAUGUACAUUAAGCAUUUGAUGUAAUUUUUGUAAUGUAAUCUACAAGUGUGUCAUUAAAAUUCUUGCCAACAGAUUGAAAGCUUGCAUUGAAAUUCUGGUUAAUUCAAAUCAAGCAGAAUUCAUAAAGGGUUGGAAUAUUUCUGAGAAUGUCUUUUCU